AUGUUCCGAUUGGUGGUGUUGUCCGCUGUUCUCGCCGUCGCCUGCGCUGCCCCCUCGCAGCUGGUCCACUCCAGCCCGCUGGCCUACUCGACCGUCGUGGCGGCCCCGACUCUGGUGGCCCAGAAGGAGAUCUCCUACCAGAAGAGCAUCGUCGAGGAGCCCGGCGUAGCCCAUGUUGGCACGAUCGAGAAGUCCGUCCCGACCGGCUACUCGCACCAGAGCUUCACCCAGUACCACAACAAGCAGGUCGCUGAGCCCGUGUUCGCCCCGGCCGUCAAGAAGACCGUCGUGACGACUCCGGUGGAGAAGACGACCUACGUCCAGGCCGCCACUCCGGUCGUGUACGCCGCCCCGAAGGCUACCUACGUCGAGGCCGCCGCCCCGGUUGUCUAUGCUGCCCCGAAGGCCACCUAUGUUGAGGCCGCCUCCCCGGUCGUGUACGCCGCCCCGAAGGCCGCCUACACCUACGCCGAGACUCCGGUCCUGUCCUAUGCCGCUCCUCUGAAGACGUCCUACGUCAGCAGCUACCCGUCGGUGUACGCCGCCGCCGCCCCGGCCGUCUACGCCAGCCAGUACUACUAA